AUGCGCAUUGUUCUCGUGAAUGGCGGCGUCAUCUCUGGCGUUGGCAAAGGUGAAAACUCUCUUACAGCCAGCAGCGCGGGGCUUCUGCUUAAGACUCUUGGCCUUCGCGUCACGGCCAUAAAGCUCGACCCCUAUUUGAAUGUGGAUGCCGGUCUUCUGUCCCCACUAGAGCAUGGAGAGUGCUUCGUUCUGGCCGAUGGAGGAGAGGCGGAUUUGGACCUUGGCAACUAUGAGAGAUAUCUUGGCAUUCAGCUGAGCCGAGACAGCAACAUGACCACAGGAAAGAUCUACCAGCAGGUCAUUCAAUCCGAGAGAGUGGGCAAUCCGAAGAGGCUGGGGAAAACCAUCCAAAUCGUCCCGGAUGUAACGGAUGCCAUUCAGGAAUGGAUCGAGAGAGUGGCCAAGAUCCCGGUGGAUGAUUCUGGCGAGGAGCCGGAUGUCUGUAUCGGUAUGUCCUCUGAUCUUGAAUCUGGUCCGUUCAUGGAGGCCCUGGUGCAGCUGAGGCACAAGCUUCAACGAGAUCCAAACCACGAAUUCAUGAGCAUUGCGGUGUCGUACUGCCCUGUGAUCAAUGGCGAGGAGAAGACCAAGCCCACGCAGAACGCUAUCAGGCAAAUGCGAAGUGCUGGUUUGUUCCCUGACGUGAUUGCUUGCCGUUGCGAGCAUCCCCUCAACGCCGCCACCAUCUCCAAAAUAGCCCGGAGUUGUCAACUCGACGACGACCAAGUCAUCGGCGUCCGAAACAUGGAGACCAUUUACCAGGUCCCGAUUCUUCUCCAAGAAGAGGGUCUGCUCAAGCUAUUGCAAAAGGGCCUGGGUCUCGACAAGCCCGUCCUGUCCCCAACCAUGGUCGAGAAGGGCCAGGCCCUGUGGGAUUUGUGGAAGAAGACGGUCGUUCCCGAGCGGCACCUGACACCGGUCAACAUCGUGUUGGUCGGCAAAUACGUCGUUCUGGAUGACGCCUACCUCAGUGUCCGCAAGUCACUCGAGCAUUCGGCCAUGCGAUGCAAACGGAAGCUGAACCUCGUCUCUGUCGAUGCCGAACACCUCGAGCACGAAAUGCAACAGAAGGACCCGAUCAAGUACCACGCCGCCUGGAAGGCCAUUUGCGAUGCCGAAGGAAUCAUCGUCCCCGGCGGCUUUGGCGAAAGAGGGACCGAGGGCAUGGUGGAAGUCAUCAAGUGGGCCCGAGAGCGAAAGAUCCCAUUCCUCGGUAUCUGCUUGGGCUUGCAGGUGGCCGUCAUGGAGUACGCCCGUAAUGUGUUGGCACUCAGGGGCGCCACGUCCGAAGAAUUCUCUGCGCAAGCAGAGCACCGGGUUGUCGUUUUCAUGCCGGAGGUAUCCAAGGAGCAAAUGGGCGGCACCAUGAGACUCGGCGCUCGGACAUCCCACUUCAAACCCGGCACCGAAUGGAGCAAGCUCCGGGCCAUGUACGGAGGCGCGGACGUUAUCGAGGAGCGCCAUCGACAUCGCUACGAGGUGAACCCAGAGUACAUUGAGCAGUUCGAGAAGGGCGGACUUGCCGUCACCUCCCUCGACGACCAGGGCGUGCGAGUCGAGUCCGUUGAAAUCCAGGAUCACCCUUUCUUUGUCGGAGUACAAGCCCAUCCCGAAUUCACCAGCAAGGUCCUGAAUCCUUCUCCCCCCUUGCUUGGCCUUGUGGCGGCAAGUGCGGGAUGCCUCGACCAGAUGAUUGAGGCAGCCCGUGAGUGGAAGGAAGGUCUCGCGAACGGAACUGGUGAAGCCGCCCAUUUCUGA